AUGGCUUUCACCUCUUCCGACAUUCUCAAGAUCAUCGUUGCUAUCUUCCUCCCCCCCGUUGGAGUUUUCAUGGAGCGAGGAUGCACCGCUGACCUGCUCAUCAACGUCCUCCUCUGUUGUCUUGGAUACAUUCCCGGUAUCAUCCAUGCCCUCUACAUCAUCUUCAAGUAUUAA